AUGUCGGUUUACGCUGGCCAGUCGAGCACCAGUGGCUCAAUCGACAAGAAUGACUCCGAAAAAGCAGCCCCUGCAGUCGGUCCUCUACUCCUUGCCGAUUUUGAUGACCCAAAUAUCGACAAGGAAGAAGCCAUAGCUGGCGUUUUAGAGGAUGACUCUCCUUAUCCUGAGGUCCGAUCAGCCGUAUCCAACACCGACGACAUGUCCAUACCCGUUAGCACUUUUCGAGCAUGGGCUAUGGGCUUUUUCUGGGUUAUCAUUGUCCCUGGCUUGAACCAGUUCUUUUUUUUCCGAUACCCUUCUGUCAGUGUUACCGGCAUGGUAGCACAACUCUUGGCUUUUCCCAUGGGUCGUCUUUGGGCAGCUGUCGUGCCCAAUGUUUCAGUAUUCGGCGUUCGCUUGAACCCCGGACCAUUCACCAUCAAGGAGCACGUUUUGAUCACGAUCAUGGCUACUGUCGGAUGGCAAUCUGCAUAUGCCACCGACAUCGUUGCGGUGCAGAGAGUCUUCUACGGUCAAACUUUCAACUUCAGCUAUCAAUGGAUGUUGGUCAUGUCUACCCAGCUCAUUGGCUUCUCACUGGGUGGCAUUAUGCGUCGCUUUCUAGUUCUUCCUCCCUCCAUGAUUUGGCCCACAAACUUGGUCACGUGCGCUCUAUUUAACACCCUCCAUGCACAAUCAUACGCUGGUAUAGGCAAUCGCGGUGGUAUUUCAAGAGAACGUUUCUUCCUUUAUGUCUUCUGCGCAGGAUGUGCAUGGUACUUCGUCCCAGGUUAUCUAUUCCAAGCCCUUAGCUUCUUCAGCUGGGUGUGCUGGAUCGCUCCAAAUAACGUCGUCGUCAACCAACUCUUCGGCUAUGAAAGUGGCCUUGGCAUGAGCAUGAUCACGUUCGACUGGGCCCAAAUUACUUACGUUGUCAACCCACUCGCGACUCCAUGGUGGAGCGAGGCUAACAUUCUCGGUGGUUUCGUGUUCUUUUUCUGGAUCCUUACCCCGAUCCUUUACUAUACUAAUACCUGGUAUUCUACAUUCCUCCCUAUCCUGUCUCGCACGUCAUACGAUAACACCGGUGCCUCCUAUAAUGUCACUGCAAUUCUGGGUAGCGAUGGCACAUUCAAUGCUACGGCAUAUGACUCAUACAGCCCUCUGUUCCUAUCGACGACUUUCGCAGUGUCUUACGGUCUAUCAUUUGCGUCAAUCACUGCCACCGUUACGCACGCCAUCCUCUUCUUCCGCAAGCAGAUCUGGGCCCAGUCGCGUCGCUCGAUCGAGGAACAGCCGGACAUUCAUGCACGUCUCAUGGCCAGGUACCGUCAGGUUCCAGAGUGGUGGUACCUCGUCAUCUUCGUGGUCAUGUUCGUUUUCGGUAUCAUUGUCAUUGAAGUCUGGCCUACCCAGUUUCCGGUGUGGGGCUUCGUUCUCGCACUUUUAAUUGCUUUCCUCUACAUCAUCCCCAUUGGCAUGAUUCAAGCUAUCACGAAUCAACAAGUUGGUCUGAAUGUUAUUACGGAGUUGGUCGUUGGAUACGCUAUCCCUGGACGCCCAUUGGCAAUGAUGCUUUUCAAGACAUGGGGUUACAUUACCAUGGCACAAGCGUUGCAAUUCGCCCAGGACUUCAAACUCGGUCACUACAUGAAAAUCCCUCCUCGCACAAUGUUCUUUGCACAGGUCAGCGCAGCUGCUAUCGCCGGAACCGUGCAGCUCGCCGUGCAAGCUUGGAUGUUCAGCAAUAUCGAGGACAUAUGCAGCACGACACAGCGUGAUGGUUUUAUUUGCCCCAGCACUCAAGUGUUCGGCACUGCAUCCAUCAUCUGGGGUGUCAUUGGCCCUCGGCGUCAGUUUUCCCCUGGCCAAAUGUACAGCGGCCUCCUCUGGUUCUUCCUCGUUGGCGCGCUUUGCCCUUUCGCCGCUUGGAUCAUUUCCCUCAAGUGGCCGAACAGUAUCAUCCGUUACAUCAACUUCCCCGUAAUAUUCACAGGAACGGGCACCAUACCACCGGCAACUGCUGUCAAUUUCGUGCCUUGGGCAAUCGUCGGUUUCAUAUUCCAGUAUGUUAUCCGCCGCCGCCAUUUCUCAUGGUGGACAAAGUACAAUUAUGUACUGGCUGCUGCACUCGACUCUGGGCUCGCAGUUUCUAUUAUCUUGGUCUUCUUCUGCCUGCAAUACCCAAAGAACGGUACUAUCGGCGCGGACACCGUCGCAAAAUGGUGGGGCAACAACGUAUUCCUGGAUACGGCAGAUGGGAAAGGCAAGUCUUACGCCGUUAUUAACGGUACCUUUGGGCCAUCGACGUGGUAA